GAAUUAGUACUCGGACUCUAUAAAAUCCACGCAGAAAGCCAUAGAAACACGUUGCCUGUUUGCCCCUCCUUCAAGCUAAGCACUGCAAAACACGAACUCUCUCUCUCUCUCUCUCCCCUCCUCGAUUCUUCAACGCCAAAGCUUCACAAUAUGAUUACAGUGAGUGUAAAGUGGCAAAAGGAGCUGUUUAAAGAUGUGGAAAUCGAUACUACACAGCCUCCUUAUGUCUUCAAGUGUCAGCUCUAUGAUCUAACUGGGGUUCCUCCCGAAAGGCAGAAGAUUAUGGUUAAGGGUGGUUUACUCAAAGAUGAUGCAGAUUGGUCGACAUUAGGAGUAAAAGAGGGUCAAAAAUUAAUGAUGAUGGGAACUGCAGAUGAGAUUAUUAAAGCUCCAGAGAAGGGACCUGUUUUUGUUGAAGAUCUUCCAGAAGAAGAGCAAGUGGUUGCCAUGGGUCAUAGUGCCGGUCUAUUUAAUCUCGGAAACACCUGUUACAUGAACUCCACGGUACAAUGUCUCCAUUCUGUUCCAGAGUUAAAGUCAGCUUUGGUCAAGUAUUCACACUCUGGAAGAAGCAAUGAUGUGGAUCAGUCUUCUCACAUGUUGACUAUAGCAACACGCGAUUUAUUUAAUGAGCUUGAUAAAAGUGUCAAGCCUGUGGCACCGAUGCAAUUUUGGAUGGUGCUGCGUAAAAAGUAUCCUCAAUUUGGCCAGCUGCACAAUGGCGUCUUUAUGCAACAGGAUGCUGAAGAAUGUUGGACCCAGAUUUUAUAUACACUUUCUCAAUCUCUUAAAUCAACUGAUUCUAGUGAAAUUCCCCAUACCGUAAAGGCUCUCUUUGGCAUCGAACUCGUUAGCAGGGUGUAUUGUCAAGAAAGUGGUGAAGAAAGUUCAGAGACAGAAUCAGUGUAUUCACUUAAAUGCCACAUAUCACACGAGGUGAACCAUUUGCACGAAGGACUAAAGCAUGGUUUAAAAUCAGAAUUGGAGAAGGCUUCCCCUUCCUUGGGACGUAGUGCAAUUUACUUGAAAGAAUCUCGUAUCAAUGGCCUGCCAAGGUACUUGACCAUUCAGUUUGUGCGUUUUUUCUGGAAGAGGGAGUCAAAUCAGAAGGCCAAAAUUUUGCGGAAAGUGGAUUAUCCUCUGGAGUUGGAUGUUUACGAUCUGUGUUCAGAUGAUCUCCGCAAAAAAUUAGAAGCUCCUCGCAAGGUUUUGAGGGAUGAGGAAGGUAAAAAACUUGGUUUGAAAGCUAGCAAGGAUGCCGCUGGUUCUAAAGGCGAUUUCAAGAUGUCUGAUGCAGAGGGAUCAUCAAAUGGAAGUGGUGAACCAUCUAUAACCGCAUCCCAAGAAGGGGGUCCAUCAGAUAGUGAAACACAUUUGACUGGAAUUUAUGAUUUGGUUGCUGUGUUGACUCACAAGGGUAGGAGUGCUGAUUCAGGGCAUUAUGUUGCCUGGGUCAAGCAAGAAAGUGGGAAAUGGAUUGAGUAUGAUGAUGACAGUCCAAUUGCACAGCGGGAGGAAGACAUCACUAAACUGUCUGGAGGAGGUGAUUGGCACAUGGCCUAUAUUUGCAUGUACAAGGCCAGAGUCGUCCCCAUGUAAUUUUUCUUUUAAGGUCUCUUAGCCCCAUUGAAGUAUCUCUUUUUAUGGUAGAUCAAGGAUUGUAAAAGGAAUAGGAGUUAACAAAAUUGCCUGUAUUGUACCUACCAUUGGUGCUUUUUUAAAAAAUGUGUGCUGCAGCCUUCAAUUGGAGGGUGUGUUUUAAAUCA